ACUUCCUCCAGAGGGAGCUGAUUGGAGCCGGGAGCUGCCGGCGCCUCCACGCUCGCUCCCGGAGCCUGUUGGUGCCGAGGCGGGGACCCGCGGAGACAGCAUCGGACACCAGGAAUUCACUGACAGCCGCUCCGCGAAGCCGGGCCCGGGCAGCGGACCCCGGAGCAGCCCCUCGGGACCUCCAGCCUCGGCCCCACGGAGCCAUCCCUGGCCUAGGCCGGGGUCUGGGUAGGCUGACACUGCUCUCCCCUGGGACCUGAAAAAUGGCAUCUGGGCAAGGACCAGGCCCUCCCAGGCAGGACUGUGAAGGGCCUGCCCCGGCCUCCACUUCGGAGGAGCAGGUGGCCCGGGACACAGAGGAGGUUUUCCGCAGCUACGUUUUUUACCGCCAUCAGCAGGAGCAGGAAGCUGAGGCGGCUGCCCCCCCUGACCCAGAGAUGGUCACCUUGUCCCCAGAGCCUGACAGCACCUUGGGGCAGGUGGGCCGGCAGCUCGCCAUCAUCGGGGACGACAUCAACCAGCGCUUCGACUUGGAGUUCCACACCAUGUUGCAGCACCUGCAGCCGACCCCAGAGAACGCCUACCAGUACUUCACCAAGAUCGCCUCCAGCCUGUUUGAGAGCGGCAUCAACUGGGGCCGGGUGGUGGCUCUCCUGGGCUUCGGCUACCGCCUGGCCCUCCACGUCUACCAGCGAGGCCUGACCGGCUUCCUGGGCCAGGUGACCCGCUUCGUGGCCGACUUCAUUCUGCAUCACUGCAUCGCCCGGUGGAUUGCGCAGAGGGGCGGCUGGGUGGCAGCCCUGGACCUGGGCAAUGGCCCCAUCCGGAAUGUGCUGGUAGUUCUGGCUGUGGUUCUGUUGGGCCAGUUUGUGGUACGAAGAUUCUUCCAGUCAUGACCCCAGGAGGGGUCCUCUGGGGUCCCAGCUGAGACCCCCGCCUGGACUUCGGCCAAGCCUUCUUCCCUUACCCGUCCCCUGCAGGGGUCCCCCCUCAAGGGUACAGAAGCUUUAGCAAGUGGCACUUCAGCUUUGAAGGGCCCCUGCUCGGGGUCGGUCAGGCUGCGGGGGCACCCCAACAUUGCAUGGUGCUAAUGGACCCCCUCUCUGGGCUCAGCUCUCUCUGCCGGGCUUUGGGGAGGUUAAUAACUUGGGGAAGCAAGAAGCUGGGAGGCACUUUUCCCCAAGAAGUUUUUAAUGGUUUUAGCUUUUUAUAACGGCCUUAGGACACCCCCCCUCCCCCCGUCCCCACCACUCUGCCACAGGCCAGGACGUGGGAUAUGGGGGUUAGUAGGCCUACCCUGUACCCCGGAUUCAACUGUUCUGGAAGGUCAGAGCUUGAGAGCUGACCUGGAGCCCAGUCCUAGCCCUUCCAAAGCUUCACAUCCCCAACAGGGCUGGCCGGGGUUGGGGGACAAGGACCUACUUAACCCCCCCACCCCACCUAUAUGGCCUUGGCCGGCAGACUCUCAGGGAUUAGGGCCCAGGGUGUGGGGUGAGGAGGCAGACCAAGCUGUCUGGCUUUAUCCACCAGGCCCCUCCCAGCCUGCCUCCCGAGGUCCUCAGCCCUCUCCCUUCCCCUGCCACUUGCUCUGAGGCGUCACUACUUGAGUAGGCUGCCUGCCCCCAUCACUCCAUGCCAGGGGGGCAGGGGCCUCCUGCACAGACGCUAGGGUUUAGGACUGUGGUUUGUGAUGGUCAGGGAAAGGGGUAGGGAGCUCAUCUUGAGGUUUCUGAGAGAAGGGCUAUUAACAUCACCAGAAACCCCAAGGGUGGGAUCCGCUCUCCUGGCCUGGGCGCAGUGUAAUCUGGGAGAACUGAAUACUUGAACUUUACCCCAAGCCCACCAUCUGCCUAAGCCCCUCCUGGGGGUGGGAUGGGGGUGGGGGUGGGGG